CCGGGAUGCCCAGGCGGAAUCAUAGCUUGUGACACUAUUCACAGCACCAACUGAGAACACCACUACUCGUGUUUGUCUUUACCGAACUGUUUGAGAGUCAACUCAAACUCUUAUAUUUCACUCCCAGUAGUCGGAUUAUCUAUGGGGUGAUGCCUUAAAGUUAUUUAGUGUUACAUCAAUCAGUUUAAAUGGGGUUGCUGGACAAACUGUCAGGCUGGCUCGGCCUGAGGAAAAAAGAGGUCAACGUAAUGUGUUUGGGACUGGACAACAGCGGCAAAACUACCAUCAUCAACCAACUUAAACCUGCAAAUAAUUCCAAUCAUUUAGGCCCAUUGUCAGAAGACUGGAAACAUGUUAGUCAGACACCGGCUCAAGAAAUAGUCCCAACAAUUGGUUUCAACAUUGAAAAGUUCAAGAGUUCAAGCCUGUCUUUUACAGUCUUUGAUAUGUCCGGACAGGGUAGAUACAGAAACCUAUGGGAGCAUUACUACAAAGAAAGUCAUGCCAUCAUAUUUGUUAUUGACAGCAGUGACAAAUUAAGAAUGGUUGUUGCCAAAGAAGAACUAAAUAAUCUUCUAAACCAUGAAGAUAUCUGCUGCAAAAAGAUACCUGUUUUGUUCUUUGCAAACAAGAUGGAUCUGCGGGACGUUAUGUCGUCAGUGAAGGUCACACAGAUGUUGUGUUUGGAGAACAUCAAAGACAAACCCUGGCACAUCUGCCCGAGCAACGCCAUCAAAGGGGAGGGCCUACAGGAAGGGCUGGACUGGCUACAAGAGCAAAUUGCACAAUCAUAUCAAAACAAUGAAAACUUGAAUCAUUGAAAUGCCUGUCACCAUGGAGUUGUUGCUGCCACACCAAAUGGAUCUCAUUCACCAUCUAAAUAUUCAUCCUACUGGACGCUG